AGGUGAAACCAGUAGUAUGAAUUGUGUUAUCUAGCUAGUUUAAAUUAAAUACAUAGAAUUGAUGCAAAUUAUUGUAUUUUAGGAGAGAUACAUACGAGAUAUUUGCUCAACCAGUUGAUCCCAAUGAGGUUGAGGAUUAUUAUGAGAUCAUUAAGGAGCCUAUGGACUUCGGCACAAUGAGGGCUAAACUCCACGAAGGGAUGUACCACAAUCUUCAGCAAUUCCAGGUUUGCUUUUGCUUGCUUCUCUCUUUCAUGUUUCAUGUUUCACAACCCUCUCCUAAAUUAAUUGGUUUGUGUUUUGGAGCAUGAUGUGUUUCUCAUACCAGAAAACGCGAUGCAUUUCAACUCCUCCAGCACCACUUACUUCAGACAGGCGCGUGCUAUACACGACUUAGCUAAUAAGGUCUUUCAUGUUCUUAAAACGAAUCCUGAAAACUUUGUCUCGGGGGCAAGAAGAAGAUCUAUGAGAAAGGCUUUGAGUGAUUCCAUUGCUAAGCCCUCAACUUCAACGUUUCGGACAAGUAGUAGAAAGAGCCCUCGGUUUCAUCUUGAUAGUGGAGUGUCAAAUUCUCAAGUAGCAGAUAGGAGAGAGACAUACUUGUGCAAGAAGGAGGAUCCAAUAGGCUCAAGCAGUUCCAAACCACUGGUUUUGGGAGACAUCAACUACGAGGAUAGCUUAAUGUCGUAUGCAAAGGAUUUGGGACCAACAGCACAACUGGUUGCAAAGCGGAAGCUAUUAGGACAGCAUGAAUCCAAUCCCAAACCAAAAGAAUUCAAGACAUUCCGCGACUUUGCUCCUGCAGGCUGCAGCAACCCCUUUAUCAGAGCAAGCAAAACAGUUGAUCUGUCACAAGAUGGGGAAGAAGCAAAGUUGAGACAUAGGAGAAAAGAGAAAACUGCUGACAAGAAAGUCACAGCCGCGGUUAGAGAUUUGAACUGUUCAUCGCGACCAGUAAUACUAGCUUUGGAGAACUGUCAUUCUGAAUUCAAGUCGAGAAACAAGAAAAGCUGUUGCAACGCGUCUGCAACUCUCAAACCCGUCUGUGAUGAAGCUGCUCCGCAGCAGCAGAUGAAUAAUUCUUUGCCAUUGAUAUCACACUUCACUUUCGACCUUCCGUUCUUGAAAGCACGGUUGGAGCAGAUGAAGGCAGUGGAGAUGGGGUUGAAGAGGAAACCAGGGCUCUCCAUUUAUCAAUGAACCUAUAUUAUUUCUGCUUUGAUCCUUUUAUUUCAAUAAAGAUAAGUGACAGCAGGUGAAGGAAUACUAUAUCUUAUAUGCACAUUGCCAUAUUGGUCCAUCACAAUUACAUCCUUGUAAAGAGGGAUUACAGUCCCACAUGCAAGCAAGUAAACAAUUGAAAGAAAG